AUGGCGCCUAAGUUAGCCUUAUCCACGUCCUUCCGUUCGCCCCUAGCUGCUCACUGCUCAACUGCUACCAAUCCCACAGAUCAUGGCUCAUCGAUCCUCACUUUCGUUCCCCGCGCACUGCUCACUGCUUCUUCGUUGAGUUGUUUGCGCCUGUUGAUAGAUCAUUGCAAGCGCACUGCUCACUGCGCUCAGCUGCAUCUUGCUCGUCUUUCUACCUCUUGCUGCUACCGCUGCCUGCCGGAGAAAAAGCUUCACGAAGAUGUCGACACCGCGUUCGGAAGCCGCCGCCAAUACUUACGGGCUCUCGAGCGGUGUAAACGAGAUAGAAGAAGAAGAGAAAAUGAGUUAUUCGAGACAAACGAGGGGGAACCAUUGGCAUCGAUCAAAGAAAUAGAAGAGAUCAGCAGUGUGUUCUCCUUUGAUGUAAACAGCGUCGGAGCAAGGGAUGAGGAUAGCGUAUACGUAGCGGUGGGGAAGAGUCAGUCAAGCAUGGAUGCGCUGUCUUGGACGCUGUCUCAUUUCGUCGAUUCCUCCACCAACGCUACCACCUUGUUUCUUGUGCACGUGUUUCCGGAGAUUCAUUACAUUCCUUCUCCAUUAGGAAAGCUGCCCAAGAGCCAAGUAUCGGCAGCACAAGUGGAGACCUAUAUGACGCAAGAAAGGGGGAAGAGAAGACAAUUCCUUCAGAAAUAUCUCGAUAUCUGCACUGCUUCUAAGGUUAAGGUAGAUACCAUGCUUGUUGAAAGUGAUAUGGUUGCAAAAGCCAUAAUAGAUCUAAUCCCUAUUCUAAACAUCACAAAACUAGUGGUUGGAACCAGAAAAGUGAAGUCUAGGAGAGGCGGUGGGGAUAGCUCAUCAAAUAUUUGAGAGUGCUCCGAAAACUUGUGAGGUCAAGGUUGUAUGUGAAGGGAAAGAUGUGACUGCCAAUAUGCUUGGAUCGCCGUUACCCUCGCCCUCACCCUUGCCCCCGGAUUUGCUCUCUCCAGCCGCCAAUGAAGACUACUUCAAGGUCUCGCAGGAAGCUGAUGACGAUCGCAGCGACGAUUCAUUUGCGUGCAUGUGUUUCAAACCCAAGUUCUAAGAAUUGCUUAUUUAGCAUUAUGAAAGAAUUCUUUUCUUUUGCCAAGUAAUAGUUGUAAAUUAUAUUUUAAGGAACACCCUUUGACAGAAACAUUAUACAUUAACUGAAACACAAUCCAUAAACAACUUCAUAUUCACUAUGUUUUCAC